AUGUUGAACUUCAUCCCGAAACGGUGCCCGUCUGUCAGUCUGCUGUUCGGAAAGCGGCCUGUGCAGAGAAUAGAAGUCGGCCAAGCGCGUCACCAACUGGAGAUCCCUGUGGAAACGAUUGAAAAAAUUUAUGAAGGCGUGGAUUCGAGGCUGGAGUAUCACAACAAGGACUACAAUGCGAUGAAAUGGAAAGAUUUCAUGAAGCUCAAGCUCGAUGCGUUCUACUUGUUGGAGGCCUCUCAGAGCGAGGCUGCGGCGAAGUCCGCGCUCUCUGACUUGAACUGGUUCCCCGACCUUGCUGACAUUUACUCUGGACAGCAGACAAUGGCCGCGAUGGAUGUAGCCUUGAAGGCACAAGGCCAGCAGAAACUGUCGUAUCCCAUUCAGGGAAAAAACAUCAAAUAG